AUGGCCGGCUCGCUCCCCAAGAACCGAACCCACUCGCAAUCCAUAUCCGCCGCCAACCUCCACCCGGCACAUCGCGUAACGCGCAGGAAAAGCAUGAGCCAGACUCCCGUCACAAACAUCGCUGCCAUCGCUGCGGCGGCCAAGGGCAUGUCUGGGGCUCCGCUCGAGGGCGCCAGUAGUAGCGGCAGCAGCAGCGGACCGCGCCGCUCCUCCAAACCCGCAUCGCAGUUUAGGGGGCCCAGCAUGGCAACGGCCUCGAGCAUGGCCUCGAGUGUGCCCGCUCAUGGUGCGCAGUUCGGUGCCAGCAGUUACGGCAGUGCUGCCAAGAGUGAGGCACUCACCGACGGGCCCACACUCGCAACCAUGUUGGAGCAGGACAAGGCAAAUGCAAAGUCGCGGAACCGCCGCGCGAGCGAGGGCUCUCGCCUGUCCAAGGGCGACGGCAAGCGAAGUGGUAGCGAACUGAGAUGUGAAAAAUGCGGCAAAGGCUAUAAGCACAGCAGCUGUCUGACCAAGCACCUAUGGGAGCAUACACCGGAAUGGCAGUACACGUCUAAGCUGCUCAUCUCCAAGCAUCAGCAGGUGCAGCUGCUCGAGGCCGCCUCGGUCCUCGUUGCCAUGAACAAGGAGAGCGAUGGCGAGCACAGCGACCGCUCCUCCCCUCCUGCCUCGGGCUCAUCCGACGUGCGUGAGGACUUGAGCUCCACAGAAACUACCCCGCCCCCACAGCUCGACGACCAUGCCGUAGGCUCUUACCCUCACUCGCACUUUGGCACUCGCUCCAUGAAGCGUUACUCUACCAACAGCUCUGCCUACAGCCAAUCCUACCAGUCGACUGUCUUCUCCGACAACGGUAAUGGUAACGCGCACGGUCACUUCCGACAGUGGAGUAAUGUCUCUGACCGCCCCACUACUUCAGGCACCUCGGUAGCCGGCUCCUACCAUGAUGAUGCUAAUGACCACGCCGACCUUGCUGCUGCCGUCGGCCUGCUCAGUUGCUCCUACGGCACCCCGAAGACGGGGCCUGUCGCCCUCCCCGCAGAUGCGCCACCCGUGCCCCCGCUCCCAGCAAAGUAUUUUGACCUGAAUGCCCGCACCCUGUCUGGUAGCACUACCGUCACGGCCCAGCAGUCGAGUAUGCGCAACAGCUAUCGCCACAUUAGUGAAAGCAAAGACGUCGACAUGGACGACGACCACUUUGCCGAUGAAGAGGACUACCGUUACUCCAACGCGCGCAGCCGCAGCCGCAUUGAUGAGGACGACGAUGAAAUCUUUGGAAGGAUGGAAGAGUAG